AUGGUGGAGUCGGAGGGCCAAGAUAGCAAUAAUGGCUCCGGACAACCUACCAACACGGGACACCGCGCAAAGGCCCCCAAGCUCUCGCUCGCCCCCUCCAUUCCUAGGAAUAAAAGCGCAGGGAACCUCGCCGUCCCUCGCGACGCACAGGAGCCCUCAAGGUCGAAUAGGUACUCUUUCGACUCACAUACCAUUCUCGACUAUGACGCUCUCACACGAUCCCCUAUUAUGACCGAACAUGACCACGGUUUCGGCUUAUCCGGUCUCCGUCGCAUCCGACAACAUCCCACGAUCCGAGCUCCCGGUCUCCCCUCGACCGCAUCAUCGCGUAGCCCAUCGGUAGGACCUUCGCGCUCGACGUCGCUGAGUAUUCCCGGGCCCCUGCCUGGCCACAUCACCCCACGAUCUCCCGUUUCUCACUCGCCCACCUUCACCGAAGACCUCUCCAAGUUCCCAUCCGAGUCUCUUCACUCCUUCUCCUACGCCCACCUCUCCGAAGAAUAUUUGCACAAUCGACAUAAUGUAAUAAAACGCUCGCUUGAGUAUAUGAAAGACCACAUGAACCGGGCCUCCUCCGUGGGCAUAGCGAGCGCCCAGGCGAGGGUGGCUGGUGACGUAGAGGCGCAGAGCAUGUUGGAGCUCCUUGCCAAGGCCCAGCUGGUCGGCGCCGGCAACUUGCCCCACCCGGGGCUAUCGCCGAUGGCCGGUCCCCUGACCGGACCGGCGGAUAUCUCGGGGAGAACAUCUUCGACAGGGAGUUUAGCGCCGAGCCGGAUCUCUACCGCGCGCACUCCCCAAGCACCCUCACGCAAUCGUCCGACACCGGCGGCGAGAAGCGCCCCAGCCGAGGGCGCCCCCGCAUCGGAAACCUCGCGAGCCGAAUCGAACCGAGAUCGCGCGCCGGCGGCAUACGAGCCGAAAGUGAAGCCCGCCCUCCUCAAGCGAACUUUUACCGAUACGCUGCCCGUCUCGCUCCAGGAGAAGCUCAUCGAUACCCUAGCCCAGCCGUUCCUAGUUGGCUACGGAGAGCCUGUAUUGUCGCCUUUAGCUGCCCAUGGCGUGUCCGCGACCGGAUUCCCGAGCGCGCUAGGUUCCGUGGUCCACGGCCACUCCUCCCGCUGGGUACCAGCCACGCAGGCCAUCUUCACGACAGAGGCGCAGCCGCCCUGGACGAUAUUAGCAGCCAAUGACUUGGCGUGUCUUGUAUUUGGAGUGACAAAGGCUGAGGUGCGCAAGAUGGGCAUCCUCGAGGUCGUGCAGGAAGAGAGGAGGGCGUGGCUAGAAAACAAGCUGAUGCAGACGAGCGGAAACGAGAGCGAGAGCACGACAGUUCGGGGAACACCAGCCCCAUCGACUCCCGCGUCCUCCGCGGCCUCUGCCCUCCUGGGCGGGCGGACAAGCAUCACGGCCCAACUCCUAAGCCCCAGCAGCAACCCCCGCCGCAGGACCAGCGGCUCGAGGGGCGUCCUCAUUUGCGGAGACGUGAUUCCGAUACAAAAGCGGAACGGAUCAACCGGGUCGGCCAGUUUGUGGGUCAAGGAGAAGAGGGCCGGGCUCAUUUGGGUACUCGAGGAGAUCCACGAAGACGUGGCUCAUAUCUCGCUCAAGGAAGAGGGCGUGGUCCAGGAGGUUUCUGGCUCCUGGGAAGCGAUCUGGGGCAGCGGCGCCGCCAUCCAGCCUGGGAUGGACAUUGGCAAUCUGAUCCCCGGAUCCCCGCCAAGGCAUCGACCCCAGGACCGGCGAGGUGCGGGGCCACACUCAACUUCGCGUAUCGAGCUUCCCCACAUCGCCGGCAUCAUUGUCGUGUCGCCCGAGGACCUCAGCAUUAAGAGCUCGAACGCGGCGUUUUGCGGGGCUCUAUUUGGCCACGAAAAGCCAGACGGAAAACCUAUCUCGGCCCUGAUUCCGGACUUUGACAAGAUCCUCCGGAUGUUGACGGAGGAGGACGGCAUCGACAUGGUGGACGGCAUCGUGGUCCCCGAGCACAACUUCCGCAAGGCAUCGACCUACGUGGCAAUCCGGGAGGGCCGCUCCGAUGCGGCGGCGGCGUUUAUGCGCCCGGAGGGUGUGCCGGCCAAGCACCGUGAUGGGGCGUCGCUCCGCAUCGAUGUCCAGAUGCGCGUGGUGCAAAGCGAGAGGCAGCCCAGCAGAAAAGAGCCUUUGGCGACGACGACGAUCAAGGAGGACGAGGGCGAGUCCUCUUCGGGCGAAGAUGAAAGCGCAGUGGUGGACACGGAAUGCCCCCUUCAGCAGCCGUCGCCUGGGCAGCCAGUUAUGCCAAGGCCUAAGGAGGUACCAGGUAUCCUGGAGUCGAAUAAAACAGAAGACCUCAUCUCACCGGCCAUGUCAGCGACCACGGCAACGACGGCCACGACAGCCACAACGGCGACAACGUCAUCCGGGGCGUCAGGAGCCACGGCAUCUAACAUUACCAGGCAGCUUAGGGAGGUAGCGCGGAGCGCGGCGGCGAAGUUGACGGGCUCAUCACGGCCGGCGACACCUAAGCCGGAGAGGGGAUCGGCGAACCGGGCAGUGGAGCCACAACGCAAGAAGACGAUUGACGACUUUGUCAUACUCGAGGAGAUGGGCCAAGGCGCGUACGGACAGGUGAAGCUGGCGCGGUACAAGUCGACUGGCCAAAAGGUGGUGCUCAAGUACGUGACGAAGCGGCGAAUCCUGGUGGACACGUGGACGCGAGACCGCCGGCUCGGGACGGUGCCGCUAGAGAUUCAUGUGCUCGACUAUCUGCGGCGGCCGGAGCUGCGUCACCCCAACAUUGUGGAGAUGGAGGCCUUUUUCGAGGACGAUACCAACUACUACAUCGAGAUGGUGCCCCACGGUCUGCCUGGCAUGGACCUGUUUGACUACAUUGAACUCCGGACCAACAUGGACGAGGCAGAGUGCCGGAGCAUCUUUAUCCAGGUCGUCAAGGCGGUGCACCACCUGCACACCAAAGCUCUGGUUGUGCACCGCGACAUCAAGGACGAGAACGUGAUUCUGGACGGCGAGGGCCACAUCAAGCUUAUCGACUUUGGGAGCGCGGCGUACAUUAAGAGUGGGCCGUUUCAGGUUUUUGUCGGCACCAUUGAUUACGCCGCCCCUGAAGUGCUCGCGGGAAAGCCUUAUGCGGGCAAGCCCCAGGAUGUUUGGGCGCUGGGCAUCCUGCUCUACACCAUAAUCUAUAAGGAGAACCCAUUUUACAGCAUCGACGAAAUCAUGGAUCGCGACCUGCGCGUGCCGUUCACGAUCAGCGAUGACAGCAUCGAUCUCGUUCGGCACAUGCUCGACAGGGACGUGGACAAGAGGUACAUGAUUGAGCAGGUUCUGGACCAUCCCUGGCUGGCUGGCGUCGAGGAUUAA